AUGGCCAGCAGUCACAGACCUCCAAUAACUCGUUCUUCCUCAAGAGCAGGAAUAGGGCUGACCUCGAGGCCUACCUCUUCAUCACGGACUCCAUCAGCAGCCAGAAUAGGAACAGCGAUGCCUCCUAGUACGGCAAGACCUGGUUCUCGUGGUGGUUCUUUGACUGCUGGAGGAGUUUUAUCAUCUCAGAUUAAAGUUGCAGACCGUCCAGUGACUCAACAAGGAUUAAGUGGAAUAAAAACUGCAAUGAAAGGUCCUCAGAGACAGAUAAUGGAUAAAACCUAUUACCUUGGAGUGCUGAGAAGCAAAACAAAUGAACUCACAACAGAAAUUAACAAGCUACAGGAAGAAGUAGAAAUGUACAAGCAAGAGAAAUCUGUCUAUUUGUCAUAUGAAAAACGGGCAGAGGCAUUAGCUAGUGAAAUCAAGGAAUUUCAAGGUCAACUAGCAGACUUCAACAUGGUUAUGGAUAUACUUAACACCAGUACGGAUAUGACAGAAGUGAGUCGCGAUUACAAUAUGUUAAAGGUUCAGAAUGACCAAGACGCUCAGAGUAUGGAUAAAAUUUUCACAGAAAGACAAGCCACAGAAAAGUUAAUUCAAGCUGUAGAAGAAGAUAUUGAACAUGAAAAGGUUGUGGCAGAUGACAUAAUGAAAGAUAUGUCGCAGGAAGAUCAAGCUAAAUAUAUGGAGAUGAAGGCUGCUAAUGAAAAACUCUCCCAGGAAUUGAUUGUUCAACAGCAGGAACUGGAUGUAUUAAAUGUAAAGGAAGAGAAUUUAAGAGCUGAAAUAGCACAAUCUGGAGUGAAACAGGAAGCUGUGCAUCUGUAUGAAAAGCUCCAUGAGCUCAAGGAACGUCGAGAUCAAAUUAUUGCUGAGGAUAAGAACAUGGAAUCUCCGCAGGAGGAAAGAGAGAGAUUACUAAAGCAGGUUAAAGACGAUAGUCAAAAAAUAGCAAGCAUGGAAAGACAGCUGGCAGAAGUAAAAGAAAAAACAAACCAUUUUAAAAAGGUCAUUCAACAACUUGAUAUGGAUCUGGAGAAUCAGCGAGAAGGAGAAGAAAAUUGGAAAUACAGAGAGCUCAAGAAGAGUGAAGAAAACAUGGACAAUUUUCUUGAGACUUUUGAAGAGGUUAAGAAACAGGAAUUUGAAAGAAAGGCCCAAAUAGAAGCCAACAUUGUUGCACUCCUGGAGCACUCAAGCAGGAAUCUGAAUCAUAUGAAACAAAUUUCAUCUGUUACAAAUCAAGAGCUGAAGAUUAUGCAGGAAGACCUCACUUUCAAAUCAAAUGAAAUGCAGAAGUCACAGAGCACUGCUAAGAAUCUGGUUACAGAGAGUCAAAAACUGCAGAUGGACCUACAGAAGAUGGAACUAUUGGAGGGCAAGAUGGUUGGUGAACUGGCUUCUCUUAAAGACAAAAUUGAACAGACAAAAGCGGAGUUGGAGGUCUACAAUAAUUUGCCAGCUCUGAAAGCAUCAGGAGAAGAGAAGGAAAAGAGGCUCCAGGAUGACAAAGAAAAAUUAACAAAGCGCAGCCGUUCUUUCAAGAAGAUAAUGGAACACUUGAAUACAGAGUAUGAGACACUAAAAAAGGAGCUACAAGAAAACGAGACACAUUCUCAGCUUACAAAUUUGGAGAGGAAGUGGCAGCACCAUGAGCAAAAUAACUUUAUGAUGAAGGAAUUCAUAGCAACAAAAAGCCAGGAGAGUGACUACCAGCCAAUAAUGAAGAACGUGAGAAAGCUGGUCAGAGAAUACAACAAGGCUCUCAUAGAAGCUUUGCAGAACACCAAGAACUGAACCCAGGCAUUUCCUUCCUGCCCCAGUGGAUCAACAAUGAGAGAUGUGCACAGCCGGCAUGGAAAGCUGGACUACUGAGCUCAUUUACUCACCACUAUGGUGACAGAUAUUCUUAAAAGUAUUUUUCAAGGUUUUUAGAAGUUACAGGUUUUAAUAGUAUCCCUCCUUUUGCACUGUUUAAAAUUUUUAGAAAUAAACUUCUGAAUUUUAGAAACUUGUAUAAACAAAAAGGAAAUACUGCCCAAAGAGUUAUUGAAGCCCAUUGCUAAAUUACAUCUCAAAUGUGAAAUUUCAGUCUGCUUUACAUGUUUAAUUUCUAACUGUAACAUCAUCAUACAUCUCUAUUUAGAUAGCAAUUUAUAUCAAGUAAGGAAAACAUCUAAGGAUGACAAGCAUCUUUUAAAGUCAGAAUUGCUUCAUAGUGUAAAAAUCUUACAAUAAAAGUAAAUGCCAGCAAAUUUUCAUUUCCUAAUGAACUUCCUUAUUUUUUAAAAUGUAAUUAUAAAGAGAGAACUAUGAUAAAAAAGUAGUGAACUGCAGCUAAUACUGAUUUUGUGGAGCGUUUUACUGCUGUAAUAUUCACCAGUAAAGGAAAUAAAAGGGAAAAUUACUUGUA